AUGUCUUCUUCUACUUCUUCGUCUCAAACAUCACAUCAUUCAUCGUCUGCUAAACAUGAUGAUCUUCGUUUAUUGACACAAAUAUCCUCGUCUCCAAGAAAUUCCAAUCCAUCAACUCCAUUUCCACAAUCAACUGAUCCAUCAGGUCCUUUGACACCGGAUGCUAUUCAUCUUCUUAAUCCAUUUGCUGCCUUAGCUACAACAAAUCUCCCAUCAUUACCUUCAAUACGUACUAUCGGUGAAUAUGAAUUAAGUGAAACAAAAUUAGAUGAUUUUAAAUGUGCUCGUCAUAUUCCAACUGGUGAACCAUUAUUGUAUAAAGAAUUUUCACUUGAAAUUGUUCGUCAACGUUUAGAACCUUAUCAACGUCUUAUAACAAUAUUACAAUUAUCAAAUAAGAAUUCACAAUUAACAAUUGAGCAAUUAGCUAAUAAAUAUCAUAUACAUUUUUUUCGUGAUAUUAUAUCACUUGAUCGUACGGCUAUUGUUUUAUAUCCAAAUUAUACAAAUAAUCUUCAUCAAUAUAUAACUGAAAAACAUCGUUUAAAUGAAAAUGAAUCACGAAAUUUAUUUUCUCAAAUUGUACGUGCUGUACAAAUAUGUCAUCGUGUUGGUUUAAUUGUACGUGAUUUAAAAUUACGUAAAAUUAUAUUUAAUGAUAAUGCAAAUACACAUUUAUUAUUAACUGGAAUUGAUGAAUCAAUUAUGUUAUCAACUCCAACAACAACAGAUGAUUAUGUAUCAUCACGUUUUUCAUGUCCAGUUUAUGCAUGUCCAGAAAUUGUUCUUAAUAGACAAAUGUAUUCAGGCAAAAUGGCUGAUUCAUGGAGUUUAGGUAUUAUUUUAUAUACAAUGCUUUUUGGUCGUUAUCCAUUUUGUGAUCGAACUUUAGUUGGUUUAUUUAUUAAAAUAGGUCGAUGUCGUCCUGAUAUUCCUCGUACAAUAUCAUUAAAAGCACGUUCAUUACUUCGAUCAUUAAUUCGUGUUAAACCAGAAGAACGUCUUUUAACUCAAGAUAUCCUUGGACAUGUUUGGUUUGGUGGUGAUAGAAGUGCAUCAACAAUAUCAAUGCAUACAUCAAUUACAAAUUCAAUAAUUAAUGAAGAUUUAAUUGUGUUAAAUAAUCAUAAUAAUAGUAGUAUGAAUAAUAAUAAUGAAAUGACAAUAAAAGAAGAUGCUGUUGUACCUAAUUUUGAAUGUGAAUAG